UAAACUCUAAAGAAUAUUCAGUUAAUGUGUUAAUAACAAUAAAUUUAAUAACCAAUUAUAAUAUGUAGUAUCUUAUUAUAAUAGGUUAUUAAAUUUGAUACUCGUAUCAAAUGUGUCUCGUCAGACACAAAGAUAUGAUAUUAAAAUAAAGUUCAAUUCAUAACUAGAGAGACUUUCUUUAUAAACGGAACUAAAACUGAAAAACAAAUCAAAAAAUAUGCAAUGAAAUAAUUAGAUAUUUUGUUCCCUACUUAACCUAGUUAGUUUAAUAAGUACUUAUUUUGUUACAAGUCAUGGAUUGCUUUUCAUUACAAAGAUAUUUUAUGAUAUGAUCCAUGAAGAUAAAACCACUUUUUAAAAUAUUUCGUAUUUUAUUUUGCAAAUGACUACCAUUUCGAUUUGUGACUCAACAAAUCGCGGCGAUAAGUCAAAUUGUGACAUGUGUACACCCCUUCAGGGUAAAAUUGAUCUUGCGAUAACGAAACGCAACUUGAACUGUUUGACAGUGACGUGACAUUGACAGUGAUAGUCACAAUCCCACAUUUUGAGGUUAGAUAAUCCAAAGAAAAAUACAAUAAUUUAGUCGUCAAAAGGUUAAAAUAUACUAACAAAAUGCCGUUCAUGAAAGGAAGAGCGCCGAUCCGUCGCACAUUAAACUACCUAAACGCCGGAAAGCUGGUAUUGAAAGACAAAAUCAAGAUAUUUUCCGUCGCAUACAACAUUGCGGGUCAGAACAACGCUGGGGCAAAGGAUUUUGUGUUCUGGUAUUUGCCUCAGAUCCAGUACAAAAAUCCGAACGUACAAGUCGCGACGUUGAAAAAUCUGACGCCGUCGCCUUUCAUCAAGUGUUAUUUUGAAGACGGCCGGCAAGUAUUGAUAGAUAUUGACAAUAAGAGUAAAGAAGAUGUUUUAGAGCACUUAUUGAAUACUGUAGGGAAGAGUAAGGAGGUGUUGGAAGCGGAGGCGGUGGCUGCGGAGAAGAAGGACAACCCGGCGAACUUCGGUGUGGGGUGUGAGCGAGCUUGCAUGUGUGAGAACUACGGACAAGUGCCCUGCUCCGGUGUUGUGACUUUGCCUAAGUUUAUGAGAGGGAAGUACAAGAAUCCGGCGAACUAGUGUAGUGUAAAGGUAUGCUGAUUAUGCUUUUUCAUGUUUUGAACACUUACAACAUCAUUGUACAUACAUUUCGUACAUUUGUCUUAAAAUAAAAUAAAGUAUGUACAACUGUGUAAAAUAUUAAAAUUUUUUGAUGCCGUCGCAUUUUAUGAAUAAGCGUUUUCAAUAAAGUAAUAUAAGUAGGUAGUUAUUAAAUAGAUAAUUUGUUAAUUUAGUAAAAAACUUAU